AGCAAGAGAAACAUCAUAAUGAGGUGCUGUAUUAAAAAUUCCUUCUCAAUUCUUCUCUCCCUUCUACUUAUAGUUAUGUCCAUCUUUGAUUCAAAAGUUGUCUCUCUUUCAACUAAGUCAUGUCAAACCGAAUGUGGAAAUAUUAAGAUCCCAUACCCCUUUGGGAUUGAAAAAGGUUGUUAUCUCAACGAAUGGUACAAAAUCGUAUGCAAGAACGCUACUUCUCCGUUUCUUUUCAGGAUGGGCAUGGAAGUUGUGAACAUCUCUCUUCCAGAAAAAGAAUAUGGUGACUAUAACUCUGGAUCAUUCGGAUAUAUUCGUGUGAAAAGCCCGAUAACCUCCGUUGGAUGCUCCACGGAUGGAAAAGGAUAUGGAUCGGCUUUGAAUUUGACGGGUAGCCCUUUUUUCUUCGGGUUUGAAAACAGCCUCGUCGCCGUUGGUUGCAACAGCAAGGCAUCGUUGACUAACAUUGGACCGACCAAGGUGGGAUGCGAGUUGAAUUGCACUACAAUCAAAGAGAAGUCUCCUAACAAAAACAUCCCUUAUUUCGACAAAACUGGAUGUAAUAGCGAUGCGUUGCCUUACACUUACAUUCCAGUUUGCACAAAAAACAAAAGGGAAGAAGAAAGAAGCUGUGAUGGCAACGGAUGCUGUAGUUCGAGUCUACCGAGUUAUGAAGCUCAUCAGGUGAUCGGUGUCAAAAUAGAGAGCUUCGAUCAUGGGAACAUGACAAGCCGAAAAUGCAGGGUAGCUUUCUUAACAGAUGAAGUCUACACGUUAUCAAAUGCAACCGGACCAGAAAGGUUUUUUGCUAAAGGGUUUGCUAUAGUGCGAUUAGGAUGGGUCAUUCAGACGAAAAAUCUUAAAUUUCUAAACUCCUUGAGCUGCAUUAAUACAAAAGAGUAUGAUAAUCUUACAUAUAGUAUGCAACUCAUAAAAAGCUGCAGAUGCAGCAACAUCACCAUUAACGAGACCAACUAUGCAAACUGUGGAUGCUCAAGUGGUUACACAGGGAAUCCAUACAUCUUUGGCGGGUGCAAAGAUAUUAAUGACUGCCUAAUACGCAAUCCCGAUGGAAGUCGCUGGCACUGUAGAGAAAGUGAUACUUGCGUUAAUCUACCUGGAACUUUUAACUGCGUGGGGGAUAAGACUGGAGCAAUAAUGAUAGGAGUAGGAGCAGGUUUGGGGAUCAUAGUUCUAGUAGGUGGAAUUUGGUGGCUGAGAAAGUUUCUUGAAAAGAGAAGGAUGAAUAAGAGGAAAAAAAAGUUCUUUGAACGUAAUGGGGGACUAUUGUUGCAACAACAACUACAUACAAGAGAAGGUAACGUGGAGAAGACGAGAAUAUUCAGCUCCACGGAACUUGAAAAGGCCACUGAAAACUUUAGCGAAAAUAGGAUACUUGGACAAGGUGGUCAAGGCACUGUAUACAAGGGAAUGCUUGUAGAUGGUAAAACUGUUGCUGUCAAGAAAUCCACUGUUGUAGACGAAGACAAACUAGAGGAGUUCAUCAAUGAGGUGGUCAUUCUCUCUCAGAUCAACCAUAGACAUGUCGUCAAGCUUUUGGGAUGUUGUCUUGAAACAGAAGUUCCAGUCCUGGUUUACGAGUUUGUUGUCAAUGGUAACCUUUUCCAGCAUAUCCAUGAAGAGUCUGACGAUUACACAGUGAGUUGGGCUGUGCGUUUGCGCAUUUCCGUGGAUAUUGCAGGAGCUCUUUCGUAUUUGCAUUCUGCUGCAUCUUCUCCAAUUUAUCACAGAGAUAUAAAGUCAACAAACAUACUAUUAGACGAGAAGUAUCGAGCCAAGGUGUCUGAUUUUGGUACUUCAAGAUCAGUAACCGUAGAUCAUACUCACUGGACAACAAUUAUUUCAGGAACAGUAGGAUAUGUGGAUCCAGAGUACUACGGAUCAAGCCAAUAUACCGAUAAGAGUGAUGUUUAUAGCUUCGGGGUCAUCCUUGUUGAGCUUCUUACUGGGGAAAAGCCUGUGAUAGCACUUGAGAAUUCUCGAGAAAUAAGAGGCUUGGCGGAGCAUUUCAGAGUUGCCAUGAAAGAGAACAGGUUCUUUGAUAUUAUGGAUGCUCGAAUCACAGAUGGUUGCAAAACAGAACAGGUAAUGGCAGUGGCAAAUCUAGCGAUGAGAUGUCUGAAUUCAAAGGGAAAGAAGCGUCCAAAUAUGAGACAAGUGUUUACUGAGUUAGAGAAAAUCUAUUCAUCUCCAGAGGAUUCACUGGUGCAGCUUGAAAAUGACAAUGAUGUUGAUGAAGCGGAAGAAGGAAUUAAUACAGCUGAUAUGUGGACUAUUGGUGUUACUGCUCCAGCGUCUAGUAUUGUCACUUCGUCUCUCUCGUUAGAAGUUGAACCAUUACUUUCUCGUCCCACAUGGUGACUAAAAUAGGUAAGGUAAUGGCGAAUGUUAUUAAUUGUGCUUGAGAUGUUUGUUUUGUUACACCUGCAUCUAUAAUUCGAAAAUACUCUGUUUAUCUUCAAUUCCAAUCAUUGUAAAUCUCUUCUCGUGGGUUCUUUCAUGUGGAAACAAUCAUAUUUCCCACUUUUUUGCGUGAAUUAGUGAACAAGCAACCUUAAGUGUAGGUUUGUUUAUAUUUACUUUCCUGUAAAUAA